AUGCCGUCCAAACGCGGCGGCUCUAUCGCCACCACAACCACCUCCACCAACGCCAACGCCACUGCUGACGUCGACGACGCCGCCAUCCGCAAGCGCAAGCAGAACCGCCUCUCGCAGCAAUGCCUGCGAGAAAAGCGUUCCGCCGGCGUCGCCAACCAGUCUUUCUUUGAGCGACUGGGCGCCGACAUCCGGCGAUUGCGAGAGGUGUGCGAGCAGCAGGGAGGAGGGGGACUGGGUGGAGGUGGCGGUGGCGGGGCUGGGGAUGGCGGGGUUGACGUGGUGGCGGAGCUGGUGCGGAUUAAUGAGGGGCUGAUUGAGGAGAAUCGGUGUCUACGAGAGGCAGUGCUGCGGAUGCGGAAGAAGCUGUUGAGCAUGAGUGGGCAGGCGAGUGCGGCGGCUGUGUUCCAGAAAAUCCUGGGGAAGGAGUCCGAUGCGCCUGAAACGACGGGCGGCGGCGCUACGUCAAACAAGCGGCGGAAGACCUCGUCGAGCACCGGAUCGGGGUCGGCGUCGGGUAGGGCUGUCGGAUAUGCAUCAUCGGAUGCGGAUGAGCCGGAUCGCAGCGAGCGGGCAGCGCUCGAUGAAGGGGAGAUCCUGGCAAACUUUCCGCUCGAACCGUCUGGAUCCUUCAACCCCCUGGUAGCGGCAACGUCUGCGCCCCAGGCCAGCGCUAUGCAAGCCUUCCAUCAACAACAACAUCGGCCGGGGGAUCCGCUAUGCAUGGAGUUUCCGCCAACUACCAGACCGCUGCCGGGCCAGGACUUCCAUACCGCGCCGAACUUCUCGUUUACGAGUGUUCCGCAGAUAUCGUUGACGAAUACGGCUAUAUUGGACGCUUGGAUGAGUCGCUCGUACGCUAAUCUCUUAACCCAGAAGAUCGAGAACGUAUGUGUGCAGUACGUCCUCAAAUCGAGAGCUUGCAAGCUGGACAUGGGAGGUGGUCUUGGACCUCUCUACCAGCAGUUUGAUGAGAGAGCAAUAGUCGAUCGGCUGGCAGAUAUUGCAGUCCACAUGAUAUUUGACGACACUGGACUAGGAAGAUUCAUCAACGUCCUUGAGGGUGCAAGGGAAUUCCUCCGAUCAGCUGUGGCAUGCCACAUCAUGUUGGGCUCCGCAAAACCGCACGACAUAGUCGACGAAAACGUCACCGACACUCCCGCCUUGACCACCAGCGCAAAACCCGCCAUCGUCGACCUCAUCGCAUGGCCGUCCCUCCGCGACCAGAUGAUGUUCCACAGCAGCUUCUACGACCUCGACGAAAUGAUCGAGGAUGUCGUCAACUACUGCGUCGCCGACAUCCCCGAGCAGAACCUCGCGUUGCAGAUGUACAGUACACCGCCAAUCACCUACCCGCACGUCACAAGCCCCCAGGACUACGAAGCCGUCAAGCCGUUUAGGUUCUCGGAACGCGAGUUCACGCACAAGAUGGUGCAGAUCAGCAACCGCGAUCUGUUCGACAUCAUCGCCCAGCGGAUGGAGGAGCCGCCGUGCACGGCCGCUAGCAUUCACGCGCAUUCGGACAUGUUGCGAACGUCGGAGAGCGAGUGCUUGCCGGCGAAGACGGAAAUGGCGAGAACCUUUAAGGGGUACAGACUAAGCGACGCCUUCUUCAAGAAGUAUCCGUUCUUGCAGUGCUCGUCACUGGCAUCUCCGUAUCCCUUCUACCCCUCCUCGAAAAUCCAGGGCUACUGA